AUGCGCCGAAGAGAUCCUGUGUAUACCCGAAGCUUGUCACAGUCCAAGGCCUUCCCUUUCCUAACAGCCAUGAGUAUCUCAACACUCAUCACUCUUGCGACAGUUCUACCUCUUCUCUUCCGCUUCGGUCUCACUUCACCAAUUCCGCAAGGUGACACAACCUACUACCCUUCCCCAUAUCCUGUUCCAGCGCCAUGCUAUGGGAACAACUCCUGGAUCCAUGAUCCCAGCAUCAUCUACGAAGACGGUACCUACUGGCGCUUCUCCACAAGUGGCAACAUAGCUGUCGCCACUGCACCAUCCAUCAAAGGGCCAUGGACGUACAAGGGUCCUCUACUGCCCGCAGGCACAAAGAUUCGAGUCGCUCCGGAUCAAGAUAUCUGGGCACCAUCAAUCUCCAAGUUUGAUGAUCUUUACUACAUCCACUACUCCGUCUCAACAAUGGGCUCGCAAGCCUCUCAAAUUGGCCUGGCAACCUCGUCCUCCCUCUCCGGCCCCUGGACAGACCACGGCUCGCUCAACCUCCCCCAACACCCAACUUACAACCUUAUCGACCCAUACAUCUUCCAAGACUCGCCCUCUGAUACCCUAUACUUUACAUUUGGCAGCUACUGGUCCGGUAUCCAGCAAUUCUCUCUCCCGUCGCACAACCAUUUGAUGGCACUCGAUGGCUCCCAAGCUAAAAUCCAGGAUAUUCAGACGCUUGUGACUAACUCCACAGCCGGUGCUGCAGUAGUUGAGGGCGCGACAACGUUCAAGCACGACUCCUUCUACUACCUUCUCUUCUCGGUGGGCGCGUGCUGCAACAGCCCCACCAAGCCGCCCUACCUCGCGCCGCCGGGUGACGAAUACCGUGUCGCGGUGUGUCGAGCUGAUGCUGUUACGGGGCCAUAUCUGGACAAAGAGGGGAGGAGUUGUAAGGAGCAGAAUGGCGGCACGACGAUCUUGGCUAGUCAUGGGGAUGUGUAUGCGCCGGGCGGCCAGGGGGUUAUGAGUCUGCCUGGAGAUGACAGCAAUGGGGGGAGGGAUGUUAUCUAUUAUCACUACGUGAAACCAAGUGUCGGGUUCGAGGCGGAUCAGUUCUUCUUUGGGUGGAACUAUCUGGAGUGGAGGGAUGGUUGGCCUGUUGUGGUAUGAUGGAAGCUUAGCCGUGUAUUUGUGAG